UCAGCUGAACGAAAGCAUGCAAAGCUUUGGAACAGGUAUAAACUGAUAACCAAAUUAGUAAACAAAAUGUAUUAAAAACAGCGGUAUGCGUGUUCAAAGAAAGUGGUGUCGAAUGCUGAAAAAUAGCUGGAAACGGAUUCGACGGCGGCGUUUGCUGCUCUUCUUCGUUAUAGUGGUAAUUACUUUAUGUUUAUUUAAACUGCGAAAUAUUUCCCCUAAACCUUUGCCGUACUGUGAAUCAAUUGAUGUGGUCUAUACUUGGGUCAACGGAUCUGACCUUGAAUUUACUGAAGACGUACGACGAUAUAAUCCCUCGUAUGAUCCUGCACGAUUCGAUGAUAAAAACGAACUUCGAUAUUCAUUGCGAUCACUUGAAAAGUAUGCCCCCUGGGUGCGACAUAUUUAUAUAGUCACCAAUGGUCAAAUUCCACAUUGGCUUGAUCUUAGCAACGAAAAAAUUACGAUAGUACCACACGAAGUACUCACACCAAAGCCCGAACUGUUACCCACAUUUUCUAGUUCCGCCAUAGAAACAUUCAUUCACCGCAUACCACAAUUAUCACAACGCUUUCUCUAUUUGAAUGAUGAUAUAUUUUUGGGUGCACCAGUCUAUCCGGAGGAUCUGUAUACUGAGUCGGAAGGCGUGCGUAUUUAUCAAGCCUGGAUGGUGCCCGAUUGUGCUGAAGAUUGCCCCUGGACGUACAUUGGUGAUGGUGCAUGUGACCGGCAUUGCAAUAUUGCCAAAUGUCAAUAUGAUGGGGGUGAUUGCAGCAUUUUUGGAACAGGCACAAGUGAAGAAAAUGUAUCUGAACAUGAUGCAGACGAACAUGAAAAAUCGAAUAACUUAAAAUCUAACCAAAUAAAUGCAACAGCACGUAAUGAAAUACGACAUUUUCCAUUACGGAAAAAAUUUCGCAACAAGAAACAUUCCGCUCAACGGAAUGGCUCACAUUUCCGAGAGCUGGUGCGACAUAAGAACCUGAGUACACUUGCUGAAUUAAGACGCAUUGUCGACAAUUACAAUAACCAAAUAAAAUCAAUCGCUCACCCAAAUGUACAAAUACUUUCAAAUUCUAGCCCUGUUCCAACAACUAGGCAUACAGAUGAAUUUGUUAAACCGUCAAAAAACGAAACUAGCAAGGACAUCUACUCACACUCUCUCAUAAACACCAAUAUGCUGCUGAACCGACACUAUGGCUUUAAAGCGCGCAAUGUAAUGGCGCACGUGGGAUUCUUGCUUGAUCAGAAUAUAAUAAAUGAAAUGCAGAAAAAAUUUGCUAAGGAGAUAGACGUUACUAUUACUAAUCGUUUUCGAUCAAUGGAAGACUUACAGUUUGCUUUCGCUUAUUACUCAUUUCUGAUGAGUGAAACCAUAACGUUUACCGUGGGACAAAUAUUUGACGAAUUUGACACUGACGGCUCGCAUACAUGGUCUGAUCGGGAAGUACGAACAUUUUUGGCACGCAUGUAUCCUCUACCAUUGGAUUGGUCAGCGGUUCGCUUCUUCGAAGAAGUAGUUGGCAACUGUUCGCGUGACUUGGAUGUUUCACACAAAAGUACUGAAGAGUAUACAACUCUCGUUUAUGAACGUUACGAAGAUUCCAAUGUGCCGACCAUAUCUCGUGAGUUGGUCGAACACUGUCAUUUGUUAGCCGAGGCGCUGGAAUCAAAUUUUGCUAGACGCCCUAAAUACAAAUAUAACAUAAAUCCAAAACGUGCAAUCCAUAAUAAUUUUAUGAUGCUAACUUCCAAUAUCUCAGAAGUUGUUGAUGGAUUCGAUAAAAUUCGGCGCAAUCCAAGAAAAUUUAACUGCAUUAAUGACAAUUUAGAGCCUAAGCACGCUGAAGAUAAUGAAUUAAUACGGCAUUUAUUGGAGGACUUCUACCUUUCCCUGUUUCCUCGAAGAAGUAACUUUGAAUUACAAUAUGAAUAUCGAAAUCGUUACACUACGUGGCACGAUUACCAACGCUGGCGGAGACGUAAACGUGCUGCCCUAGUUGUCGGAUAUUUAGCGAGCGGUGUUCUUAUUAUAUUUAUUAUUCGAUUUGUUUGCAUACACAAGGCAAAAAUUGUACGUCGCUAUGUGCAAAACCUGUAAUGUGAUAUUUUUUAAAUAAGAGGAAAAUGUACUUAAUCGCAUUUUGUAAUAACUUACUUAUUACAAUCACUGAGAUUUGGAAUGCGCAUACAUACCUAGUGUAUGAUAAACACAAAAGUCAAACUAUAUAUAAACUAAAUAUAUUUAUAAUAUGUACAUAUGUACAUAUCUAGGUAUUAAUGAAUCUUGAAUCAAACUUGAAACAAAGCAAUGAUAUUAGAUGAGAGACUUGAAAUACAUUACUGAAGCUUUUAUCUUACAUCUUAUUUUCUAGCUUCGGCU